GUCACGUACUGAAUUUGGCAAGCGACUAGUACAUGGCAUAUGCUGGUGACAUGACUGAUUCCACGAGCAGUGAAAGCGGAGGCAGUGGUUAUUCACGAAGAAAUUCUAGGAGGAUCCAUCGCACAGAUUGUCUUCUCUCAAAUCCGAAGUUGACGAAUAAUGAUUCUCCAAUGGAGGCAAUGUCUUUCUCAGUUGACGAGCAAAGUUUAGUAGGAAACGCCGCUCAGCACUUCAAAGGGAACAGAGAAACUGUAAGGCAGGCUGUGGAAAUUGUAUUGAACGCAACGGCGAAAAAGCACAGGAUGAAGGGAGCAAUUUCCCUUUGCACAGAAGUCGCUAAACUUUUGGACGACAUCAGCAGACUUGAACAUCAAGUUAUAGUACUGAAAAUGAGAGAUAAAGAUGGUUCUAAGGGAAGUGGGUGCAUUGGAUCUUCAUCAAUAAGUUCUACUGCAUCAAACAAGUCACAGAAUCAACACCCAACACAAACUAAGACAAUCCAAGUUCAGCCAAUCUUGACAGACCGCAGUACUAGUCCAUUACUAAAGGAGGUUCUGAUAAAGAAUUCAAACACUAUUGCUUGUCAGACAGAAGUUUCUUCCGAUGCAGAAAAAGAAAACAUUAGACUCAAGAAGCAGUUGCAUUCUAUGAGAACAGAAAUGGAGGAACUGAGGAAGAAACAAACUAUACUUCCAAUGAUUGUUGGAAGCCAGAAAAGUGUAUCAAAAGCUGGGAGUCAACAAGACCAUCAAAAAAGGAGCACAAAUACUGUGCCAAUGUCUGCGGCCAAAAGACCAACAGAUUCAGCAGACCACCAAGUGGAAUUGCCACAUAUUCCACAGGCAAAAAGUCCAAGUCAAUUAGUGGACUGUAAUAAAAAGAUGUUAGUUAAUCAACAAAGAAGGAUAGGAUUCAAAUCACUUUCUUCUCCACCAAAAGGGUCAUGUCAUCAACCCAUCAGACCAAAUGAAAUGUAUUCCCAAUGUAAAUGUCAAGGGUGUGUCAGAGCCCUUGCCGAAGAAAGCAGAGUAACAUUAGAUGGACACACAGACAAGAAAUCUCAUAAAUCAGAGAUUUUGCCAAGUAUUGGUGAUCAUGUUGUUGUACGAAGUCAUCUUACUGGUACAGUGAAAUACAUUGGUCCUGUUAAUGGAGAAGAAUCUUGCAUUGGACUCCACUUAGAUUCACCAGUUGGAAAUCAUAGUGGAUCCUUGGAUGGAGUUCAUUAUUUCUCCUGUCCACCAAACUAUGGGGUUUUUGUUCAUAUUGAAGAUGUGUUAUGUAUUACAACCUCAAAGGAAAAGCAAGUGGUUGGAUUUUCCACAGGACUUCAGAAAUCUUUGCCAAAAGCUAUGACAGCAAUCUAUCCAAAGAAAAGGAAUGCACCAGAGAGCUCUUAGAAAAGAAAUUUCUGCAAAGGAGGAGAGCCUCAGAGGUGACUGACCAGGCUUACACAUGGUCUACUCUCUUCAUCUGACUAAGGGACUAUUAUUAUCAUUACUAAUGAUAGUUUUUCCGCCAUAAAAAAUAAUCAUGUAUUGCAUGACCUUCAUUUUACAGCCAACAUUUACUAAGAGUGUAGUGCUUGUGACAAAAUUUACAAAUAACUUGUUUGCAUCUUGUAAAUACCCUUGACUUUGGGACAGUUUUUGACAGAAGAGUGAAAAACAGUCACACAAAUACAUACUUUGGCAAAGGGAAGCCAAUUUUACCCAAUAGUUAAUUUUUUUGUUAACUUCAGUCAAAUGCAAUUGAUACAAAAGAAAUACCUUUGAAAACAUAAGGCUGCUAACAAAAAUCAAAUAACAAAAAAAAUUAGGAAUGUUUUGCUUUUUUAUCAUAAUUAUGAUUCUUUGGA